AUGAACCAUUUUAAUCCGUUUUUAGCUUUUCUUGAGGAAACGAGUAUUCAUGGAGGAAAACAUGUAUCAAAUUCAUCAAGAUCUAUUCUAAGGAGGAUAAUCUGGGGUGUUUUUAUAUUUUCAUCUCUUAGUGGUCUCCUCUACUCCUCCAUUAGACUAGGUAUAGAGCUGAGCAAAUAUUCCGUUAAAACUGUAUAUAAAUUUGAAUAUAAAGAUUUUCUGGAAUUUCCAACAUUAACAAUUUGUAGUGCCUGCCCUAUGGAUAUUUCUAAAAUUAACCGCACUGAUAAGAGAGUGGAAGCUGCUAUCUGGACAUUAAGUAAAUGGGAUUUAACAGCUGCUCCUUAUAAUAUCAAUGAAACUGUAAGUGUUGAAUUUAUAAAUCAAGUUAUUGAUCAAAUGUCAAUUGAUAUGGAAUCGUUAUUUCUGAAUAUAAAGUGGAAUGGCGAGGAUUAUAAAGCUGCAGAUGUUUUGGAAGUGGCUAAGACAUCCAAUGAUAGAAAAUGUUUUGUAUUUAAUGGUAAAAACUAUCAAGCUGUAAAUGGUAGUUUUAUAUCAGAAGUAAGUGGUAUGGAAGCAGGAUUAGAGAUGAUAGUUGAUAUUAAACAAACCUAUUGUCCUGGUGGUUAUUUUGAUACAUCAGCGUUACAGAUCUAUUUACACCCUCGUAAUGAUGAUGACCCACCUAGAUCACCUAAAGCUGUUUUAUCGCCCGGUACAGCUUCUUUAAUCGGUCUCAAGAAGUCUCAGACGGUUUAUUUGCCUUACCCAUACAAAGCAAUUGGUGAUAGAUACUGUACGCAAGAGGCAAAUUACAGUAAAUCGAAUUGUUUUAAUGAAUGUGUUAUAACAUUAGUUAGAGACUUAUGCCCGUGUCUCCCCCCACUUACAGCUGCCGAGGAAGCUUCUGUAAAAAUUUCCUUAUUGACUGAAGAUUGUAAUUCCCAGGAACUAUUAAAUUCACUUGUAUGUUAUGAAAAGCAUAUAGUCAAAUUGACACGCAAAGCACAGAAAUCAGAAAUAUGUCACUGUCCAGAUCCAUGUACCGUUAUCGAAUAUGAGACAGAUUUAUCAUUUGGUUACUUUCCAACACGAGCUGAUAGUCAACGUUUGGUUGAUCUCGGAGUUGUACCUGACAUAUCAUACCCACGAGAAAAUUUCCUAAAGUUCAAUAUGAAUUAUAAUAGACUACUGGAGCAUACCAUUGAAUAUGUACCUGAAUAUAACUUGGAAACCUUUUUAGGUACUAUCGGAGGUCAUCUUGGUCUGUUUAUUGGAGCCAGUGUACUAUCCAUUAUAGAAAUUAUAGAAUUAUUGAUAUUAACAUGUUGGACUAAAGUGAUUAAAAUAUUUACACCUGCAGAGCAUACGACCACUAAAGUCAAACCCAUUAAAAAUUAA